GCCACAUCCGGGUAUGUAUAUGUUGUCAGCACAAACUGACGGCGAAGCAUCAGUGAACGAAUGCAGUUUUUGUAGUUUUUGCUGCCACCAUGGACCAGAUUUUAAGGGGAAUUGUGGCUUCAAAUCACCCUGAAAAUGUCAAGAAGUCUUUAGUUCAACAACUCGUCCCAAAAACUAGCAAUAACGUACCGGAGGAUCAAAACAGGUCCAUCUUUGAAAUUGGAACUCAAUGGAUGACAGAAGAAAACUCACAGUUUCUGAAUGAAACUGGAAGACUGUUGCUUACCACGUGGGCAAAGCGGCAAAAGGACGUUUUUCAAAAGUAUUUCACUGAGGGAUUUCUUCUGUCUUUUCUCGCUGAACGCGAAAAAUUGUCUGUGAGUUUUAUCGACUAUUUGCGGACGUCACUUGAUCUGGCACAACACACUCCACAAAUAUUUUCUUUGUACACGGUUGUGCGCCACAGAGCUCAUAUCUGGGUGGAAAAAAAUUUAAACACAGACUUCUGCGCGGCUGUGGCACGUCUUUUAAUUGAGUAUAGCCACUGUUGGCCAGUUGGUGAGAAUUUACUUCAUUUUAACCUGUCACUGAUCAAUGCGUUGAGCGAAACUGAACUCCCUAAAACAUCGAAAGAGGAAAUGAAGUCAUGCAUUCAAAAUGGUGCUGUUAUUGGGGCUCUGCUUAAUAAGAUGUGGAUGAAAAAUCAAGCCCUUGUCUUUCCAGUUUUGACUGAAAUUUUUAAGAUUGUUUCCAGGGUGGGUCGCAAUCCCUCGGUGGCCCUUGCAUGUGUUGUACAGCAUUUUUCGACUGAUACCAUUGAGUCAGCUACAAGCCUUGUGGCUGCUAAUCCAUCUGUUUCUGAUGAAAGCCUGGCUCUUUCCCUGAGUCGUAUGAUCAACUGGCUUUCAUGGCCAGGUGCAAAAAAAGUAGACAAAUGGAUUACUGGGUUUCUGAAGGCCUUGGCAAGUGCUAAAAAGCAUUCAAUUCUUAUCUCUGUUACAUUGAAAGAAGUUGCUCAGGUUUUCAGCCGCUUGUUAUUUCCAGUCGUCCGUGAGAGUACUAUGGUUGUCCUGUCUCAUAUGCUAUUGAGCUUUCGACACUCUCCUCAAGCAUUUCAUGAGAUUGUUGAACAUGUGCCCGGCCUUGUACAGAAUCUAAAGAAGGAAAACAGUACAUCCUCACAGUCUACACUGCAGACCCUUGCAGAACUUAUGCAUUGCCUCAUGUAUCAGCACACAGGCUUCCCUGAACUAUAUGGACCAGUUCUUGAUAGUUUGCAGGAUUUACCUAAACCUUCAGAAGUCAUGAUAAAGAAGUGGCUGGCUCAAAGUGCAUGGUCUGCACAGGCUCUUAACAUUCCACUCAUUGGUUUUACACCAAAAUCUGAAACUGGAAAAACUGGUUUAGUUAACUUGGGCAACACAUGUUAUAUGAACAGUGUGUUGCAGGCUCUCUAUAUGCUUGAUGAAUUGCGUUAUAUUAUUUUUGGGCAUCAGACAAACCCUCAUCAACCAUUGCUGUAUCACUUGCAGGAAGUGUUUGCCUUCCUUUCUCUAACACAGAGAUCUGCCUUUGCGCCUUCAAAGUUCCUUCAGGUUGCUAGGCCUCCAUGGUUUGCCCCUGGUACUCAACAAGACUGCUCAGAAUUCCUAAAGUUCCUUCUUGACAGAAUCAGCGAGGAAGACAAAUCCCUUAGCAAUAGCAACAAUGACGAAAUGCCUAAAACCUCGCUCAUAGAUGACACCUUUGCUGGAAAGCUGUUGGUGUGCCUGUGCUGUCGCAGGUGUAAUAACACCUCCUGUAGAGAGGAAGAGUUCACAGACCUUCCACUGGCAUUCCCACAGGCCAGUGAAUUAGAAGGUCGGGUGGUGCCUGAACAGGAUGAGAAUUUGUCGUCUGUUAAGCAACCAGUUGAGCAGGAUGAAAUGAAUGUGAAUUCCACUCCAAGCUCUGAUCGGAGUCUCAAAGGGGGAGAUGUCACUCAUAGCAUAAAUGCAACUGGUUUAACAUCAAAGCCUGCUGAAGAUGGCGAUGCUGUUGCUGCAGCUUCAUCGCAUAGUGCUGCCUCUGCAGACAGUUCAAUGUCUUUUACUACUGGGCCAAGUCUGCCGACAAAGUUACGCGAGUCGGGCCUGAGGGCCGACGCCCCACACAUAUCCCUCACAAAGUUACUGGAAUAUUUUUUUGAGCCUGAAGUACUUGAAGGUUCUAAUCAAUACCAUUGUAAUCAGUGCAAUAGUUUACAGGACGCGGAGCGGAGUGUCACCAUUUCCAAGGCAUCAAACUUUCUUGUGUUGACACUCAAGAGGUUUGCUUACAAUGUACGGACACAACAAAGGUCUAAGAUACUACAGAGUGUAUCUUACCCUCUUGUUCUGAAGUUGCCUCGUUUGCAUAUGAAAGAAAACGACAGGGGAAGGGAGGUACAGGAUUGUGUUCCCGAUGGAAGUGAUGACAAAAGUAAUGACAUCAUCACCCAGUCGUGUUUUAAAUCUAAAAGAACGAAACAAGAACAUGAAAGCAUUGUAGACAGUACAAGCAGAGACACUGCCUUAACUUAUGAUGGAAAAUCUGCCGCAGACAUUGUCUAUUCGCUGUGCUCAGUUAUUGUCCACUCUGGAACUUCAUCUGAAAGUGGACACUAUUACUGUUACGCGCGCUCUUCUGCGCAUCUGAUUGGAGGAGGAGGAGAAAGUGACGUCGGUUCGAGUUCUAGAACGAGUGAUCAAGACACAUGGUUUCUUUUCAAUGACAGUCGUGUAUCUUAUUCUGCAUUCAGCACCUUUGCGGACGUGUCAAGGCGCUUUCCCAAGGAUACUCCGUACGUGUUGAUAUACAAGCGGGUCAGCUCUUGUGCCACAGUCAUCCCAGUUGAGAGCAGCGGUGAUAUAAGUAUACCACAAGAUAAGCAGGUUGGGGGAGAGAUCAGACCGGAACUGGCAGACAUUGUUAAUCGAGAUAACCUGUUAUACUUGCAGGAGCGCGAGCGUCAGACGGUGAAUACUGCCAAACGGAAAGUACGCUCAAACAUCUACCAACCACCUGACGACGACGAUGAUAACAACAUGGGACCCCCGGGGGGCUGCGGCAGCGGACCGGGAUUUACUACUCCUUUUAACCGGUUUGUCUUCUAGUCAGUCUAGUAAAACCGGUUUAUACCUUUAGGAAAAUGUCUGACUUGCUUGUUAGUAAAAAAAUAAAGUACAUUUAGUGGAACCGCUGGCUGUAAACUCGGCGGGUUUCUCCUGCUUAUUUUAGUCAACUAGUUUUCAAUUGCCGAAUUGCGAGAAUCUGCUGUAAAUGAGCUUCGCUUAAAAUUGGUUUUAGUUUUUCACCUUUGUCGCAUUAACCAAGCAAAGAAGUAGCCAAAGGCGACUUAAUUCAACAUUGAUAAUACAUCACGCGAUUAGUUUGCCCUUCGCUGAGCUUUAAUUGAUUUUUUUCUGUGUCAGCUUUGUUCUGCGGCCUUAUUAGUGUCCACUUAAUGAAGCCACACUGGCAAGAAAACGUGUAGAUGCUAAAAAAGAAAGUGCACAAUGCAGUUGAAAAGUCUUUGUUGAGUCCAAGAGUGCGGCGUGUUUUGCAGUGAAGGAGCUUAUUGCCAGAGAAACGAUUGCUUUUUGGUCAAGCAAUUAGAAAAUCAACGUGUAGACACAAGAAGCAGAGUCCAAAAUGCAAUUAAAACCUUUGUUGAGUUUAUUUGUGUGGCGUGUUUGGCGGUUGAAGACAUUUGUAUUUAAAGAAACUAUACUGAAAACUUCGGAUCGGUUUAUGUAAAAUAUAUAAUGGUAAUCGAAGAGUAGGUUACUCGCAUAGUCCUCCUUGCCCCGUGAGAGGCAUAGGGCAUCGAUAGCUUAGUAGUAGGUGAUCUGAUUACAUUGUGUAACGUUGCAGUAAAGGGACAGAUUUUUCAUGCGUAAUAUGUUGAAUGUAAGAUAUCGUUUUGUUGAUAAACAACAAAUUAAACAUGUCACCCUCUCAGCUCAA